AUGGCGCUAUUUGCUUCAAACAAGCCCUCCCAUGAGGGCAAGCUUGAGAAGUCCCUUAUGGCCUUUCAUAGUUCCCAACCACUCCUUGCAACCGCGUGGACAGCCCCCACGUCGGUGUUGAUCACCAACAAUGAGGGAGAAGUACUUACAGUGGUGGAAGAACCGCGUGACAGGAAUUCAACGUCAAAAUCUACUCUCGUUGUCACUUGUCUCGCGUGGCAUCCAAAUGAACGAAUUUUGAUCAUAGGCUGGAGCAACGGCAACCUAUCCCUAUGGUCCAUGCCGAUGGCGGGUGAGCUUGGAAUUGAUGAUGGGGAGGGUAUCGGCGCGGAUGGCCAGAUUAAUAAUGUGGUGUUGUCUCUUGCGGCGAAGGCCGCUACACUCACCGAUAUGGAAGACCUCACACAUGAACAUCGCGAGACACCGGUUCUGCUUUGUGAGUGGUCCACACAGGGUCAAUAUUUGUUCACAUCGUACGAUCCCAAUACAGUUACACUGUGGGAGCUGGAGAGAGGUGUAUUGCAGCAGCAAAACUCAGUGCAUAACACCGCGUUCGAACAUGUCAUCAGGUCACUUUGGUUCGUUGAGACCCCUGAUCCUAUUCUUAAGGCUGUUCACGUUCCCUGUAAGUUAUCUUUGGCAUUGCCGAGAACCUCAGCGAAUACCGCCCUGCGUAGAUCCGCAACACAGGAAAACCAGAGCCCCGAGAACCAUGGUCACGAGCAACCUGAAGCAUCUUUGAAUAUCGUAGAGGAUGAUAUUGUAUUCCUUCUCCUAGGAGGUGGCAAUAACAUCUACAUUAUGACAGAGGAGCAAAAGCUCUUAAAGAUUUCAUCGAGAAUCGGGAAUAUCGUCUCUUUCCUGUAUGAUCCGAAGGAGCGCACGCUUGUGGUCUGGAAUAACAGCCAAACAUUAGAAGUGUACCAUAUUCGUAAAGACCUUUCCACUGAAUCCUUGUUUUGGAAAAAGCUGACGACACCGAGUUACCCUACAACAGCACCAAGUGCGUUUUCCCCGUCUCUGGCCUGGGAUGGCUCCGGAUCUGUGAUGAUUGCCUGUGGCGACGACCGUGUUUACCUGUUAGACAUCAAAACGGAGACAAUCCACACCAUCCCCCUCCCCCAGGUAGGGAACCACGUUCGAGUAGUUGCCUGUGCGACCCAAAGGAAGGUAUUGAUAGCUGGCACCAUUGAGGGUAUGGCGACUGUGUUUAUUCAUAACGAUAGAGCCGCACUGCAGAGUGCUAGGUGCGGCAGUAGCAAGGCAGAUAACGUGGUUGCACCUUCUGAUGAGCCGGAUGGGGUCGGAUCGAUGUGCAUGGCGAUGGAUGACAUCAACGCAUGGGAGGCUCUGACUACACAUAACCUCGGUGAACAAAUUGAUCAUAUCUCGAUCAAUCCAUUGGGUGAUAUUGCCGUAUGCAUAGGCGGCUCCCAUCUUCAGGUAAUUCAUGAGGCUGAGCGCCAUCGAGCCUGGGACGGUACGGCGGCGGCUACACAGAUUUCAACCAACUUAGUGGUUAUUGAAAGUGUAUCCGGCUGUCAAUGCUUGCUAAAUAGUAAGACCAAAGUUCGAGGUCUCGCCAUCUCCUUUCCUAAUAUUGCCAUUUGGGACGGCUCGCAGAUUGAUAUUUACACCAUUAACGAAGCUAGCUCUGAUUUCACGCAUAUCAAUUUCGUGCCUACGAUGAGCUCUGCUUUCGCGAUGCACCGAGAUGGCCUGCUCUACGUGAAGGAUGGACGCAUCAUUUUCACCACCUUGCAUCUUCAAAACAUCGGACAGCUUACUUUUACCGCAUCCGAAGGGGUUCCGGUGGUGCUCGACAUUAUGAAGGACUUCGUUGUAGCGGUUUCGUCCCAAAAUUCGCUCCGCCUCGUGCGGAUCACCCCACGUGGCCUGCAGCCGCUGGGGCCGUCGCGGCCCUUCCGGCUCAUCGAGGAUGGCACCGAAGCUAACAGGGUGACGGUGGUCUCAGCACGCGUCAACGCGCAGGGCCGCCGUGUGGCGUUGAUGGCAAGGGUCGGCCCGCUCCAAGUGCCGGACACUCGCAUUUGGGUCUUCGAUACGGACACCGACAAGAUGAUGACCUUUGAUUUUGCCGUGAGGAACGAGGUGCCCGAUGCGGUGUACUGGAACACCCCCGAGCCUAAUGCGAGCACCAUUGGGGAGUUGGAGUAUCUCUUACUUGCCUGCGAGACACACCAGCUUCGAAGCAAAAUGACCGACUCGGAUCCUUUCACCGAGUCAGCUAUCAACGACGAUGAUGAUAGCAAGGAUAAUUCCAUCCAUGAUAGAUAUGAUGAAGAGAGGGAUCGAAGUCUCGAGAGUCCAGCGCCCCGCUUUGUCCAUCGUGAGGGGUACGCCGAGCCAAUGCCGGAUUUGGAGAAUUUUACUGAGAAGAAAGACUCAGGGGCUGGAUGGUGUAGCCGAACCCUUGGUUUUAUGAGUAUUCUUUCAAGUCGCGCGCAUAAUUUGGUGACUCUAUUUGCAACGUAUAACGGUCUGGUGGUUCAUAAUACCGCACCUCUAAAGGCUUAUCAAAUAUGUCUUGUCGGUCUCACAAUCCCCGAUUUUCUUCUCUCUUCAGUGAAGAUUGAAGGUGACCCAUCGAAUCCACAGGACUACGUGGUUGAGCAAAAGCGGCUUCGAGACUUCGACGGUCUCCAAUCUGACAAUGAUGUGGCCGUCCGUGAAGCACUUAUGAAAUUCAGCUACUAUUCGACAAUUGGAAACAUGGACGAGGCGUACCGAUGUAUGAAGACAAUUAAGGAUCAGUCGGCCUGGCAAAGCCUGGCACGGAUGUGUGUUUCAACUGGUCGUCUUGACGUGGCUGCGGUGUGUCUAGCUACCAUCAGCGAUGGUGUGGCAGCGCGUGCUCUGCGAGAGUCCAAGGAGGACUACCCCAAUGAUAGAAAUGUGCAGUUAGCCUCACUUGCCUGUAGCAUGGGUCUUCUAGAGGAGUGUGAGCAACUGCUGCGCGCUUCAAAACAGUAUGGUCUUAUCACUGAUGUAUUUUUAGCAUGUGGAAAGUUUGAACGUGCUCAACAGCACUCUGAGCGUUGUGAUCGCAUUCACAUUAGGUCGGUAACCUACAAGUAUGCCCAGUUUAUGGAGAGUUUAGGUAAUGUGGAUGCAUCGAUUAUAUGGUAUUACAAUGCUCAUUGCGCUGGGACGGAUGUCCCGCGUAUUUUCUUUUAUAACAAUAGAUUGCACAAGCUUCGAGAGCUGAUGGAUGACAAGGAUUCUUCUAUGCAGACGUCACGGGCAGUGAGCAUAUCCAGUAACGGUCCCGAUACGGUGUCCCCAGGGCCGCGCUCUGCGUUUGCUUCUCUUUUUCCCGUUAAUAAAGACUUGCUCCAGUGGUGGGCCAGGUACAGCGAGCGUCGGUGCGACAUUCAGGAAGCACUUUGGUUCUACAAUUUGUGCGAGGACACCUUCAAUCAGGUGCGUCUGCUGUGUAGUCUUGUGCCACCUAGAAUUGACAAGGCUCUGGAGCUUGUUGACCGAGAUAUCGAAAAAGCUAAUGCUAAAUUUCAACGAUACCAGCAACAAUAUGUCGACACUUCAUUAAAGACAACGCAACAAUCGGAGCCUGAUUGCGUCGGCGCUGCCUUUUUUAUUGGCCAGUACUAUGAGAGGGAACGUAAUGUAGACAAGGCACUCCAGUAUUAUCAGUACGCCGGUGCUUAUUACAGUGGAGCACGUCUGUCUCGGGCAGCGGAACGUGAUAAUGAUGCCUUCGAGUUUGCCUUUUCUAGCGGCGAUGAGCGCUUAAUGCUAGAAUGUGCCCUUUAUCUUUCCGAAAAGUGCAUUUAUAACAAGGCCGUUCAGCUCUAUCGUAAGAUAGGCGCUGUUCAGUGCGCCUUGGAGGGGUGUAUCAAAGGUGGGCUUUUCGACACUUUACAUGAAAUCAGUAGGGAACUUGCAGACAGCGACAUGGCUAGUGAGGAGGUAUUCAUGGGAAUGGCUGACCAUUUUCAAUCUACAGGUGAUUAUAGUAAGGCGGUUGAAAUGCUCGUUUUUGCGAAACACUACGAUACAGCAUUGGAGCUCUGUCAGGAUCAAAAUGUCAUCUUGACAGAGGCCAUGGCUGAUUCUAUAACUGGUCAAGGCAAUAACUUGCCCGUGAAGGAGAAGCAGGAGCUUUUGCUUCGUAUAGCCCGCAUUGCAAAAGAUCAGGGUCUCUGGAAUUUAGCUUGUAAGAAAUACACACAAGCUGGGGAUAGGCUCAAGGCGAUGAAAAUGCUCAUGCGCAGUGGUAACGUCGACAAGGUUAUCUUUUUUGCUAACCACUCUCGGAACACCGAAAUUUACACACUUGCUGGAAACUUUUUGCAGAAUCAGAACUGGAGCACCAAUCGCAAUAUCUACAACAGUAUUGUUCUUUUUUAUACUAAAGCGAAAUCCUUAAACAGUCUUCUGAACUUUUACGAUUCAUGUGCGCAAUUUUAUAUUGAUGAGAACAGAAGCUAUGAGGACGCCUUCCGUGUCCUGGAUGAGUGUGUACACUCAUUUGAAAAGUUAGCUCCUUCUCUAUCGAAUAGUGGAGACUUUUCACGCAAUGACACAACCAAGCUUGCCAAUCUCCAAGAACGCAUGAAAAUUGUGCAAUCUUUUGUAACAGCUCAAAGGAUAAUGGAUGGAAUAAAUCCUAAGGACCACAUAGAGAAGAAAAAGGUGCAGGGUGACCAAAUCAUUAAGUUAUGCUCCGAUAUAAUUAAGAGCAGCCGGCCUGGAAAUCCAGAUCACGAUCUUAUUGAAGCAUCGCUAAGAGUUGGAGAUGUUUUCGCGCUCCUUGUGCAAUUUUAUUUUGAGAAAUUAGGUGAAUCUCGUAACGCUUAUAAAGUACUUGAAAGUAUGUCCAAACACAAUAUUGAGCCACAACUCUUCUUGGAAAUCGACUUCAUGGAGAAGGUGUGCCUUGCUAACUCUAAGCAGCUUAGUGCUCUGUUGCCGCAUUUGCCGUCUGUUUCGGGCAUUUCUUCCAAGAUCGACCAAAAUGAGUUCAACGGUGUAAGUGACAUCGAAAGCAAUGCGUUCAAUAGUUAA